UGUGUCUGUCUGUCUUCACCCUGUGCGUUGUGUUUCCUUUCGGCAGGAAGAUGUCUGCGGAGGGGAGAAGGGAGGAACAGGAUGUGUCUGUUUGUAGCCCGGAGCGCGGCGGCGAGCACAUAGCGCUAACGGAGCCAAGCGCGUCGCCCAAAGACAAACCGAGCGGUGAGAAAGCGGCCACACCAGGGAAAAGCCUUGCAGGUCAUGCGGCAAAGUCGCUUCCUCCGUCAUCUCCGUCUUCUGUUUUUGGUCGUGCAAAGAUGAGUGUCAGCGGCCCGGGCAACAAGACGGCGGUGUCUCCGUCUCCCCCGUCCACAUCCGGUCCUCCACCCAAAGUCCACAGAGCCCGCAAGACCAUGAACAGACCCCCCAUCUCACAGGUGCGCUCAGUCCAGACCACUGUAACUCCAGAGAAACCGAAUACCAGUAGUGCUGCAGAUACCGAUACAGCUGUAAAAAAGCAGAAGUUGGACAGCGACUCCACAGCACCCCCUGUGGAAAAGUCAGAGAAAUGCUCAGAGCAAACGAAGGCACAAGUUAACGUGCCUACAGUGACUGUAUCACCUGUCCCGGUGGUGGUGGAGGAGGCGGAGCCUGUCGCCCCGGAGACCAAAGAGCUAAGCUGUGGUUGGCUGGAGGAUCUGGACGACGACGCAGACGAGGAAGACUUCCACCUGCUGUACAACAGUUACGCGGGAGACGACGUCAUCUACUCCGACAGCAAGUCUGAAGAUGGGAUGAUGGAGGGAGAGGACAUGCGGAUGGGGGAGGAGGAGGAGGGGGCGGAGAGAACCUCUGAUCAUGAGUCUUCAUCCGAUCUCCCAGUAGGAGAGCUUAAAAAGAAAGGAGAGGAGCGCGAAUCACCAUGGAAACAGCAACGAAAGGACAGGAAGAGGGGCACGCUGCCAGCUGCAGAGACAGACAGAGCCCCUCCAGUAGGAGGCUCCACUGAGUACACUGAGGUUCCUCUGGGCUCUCUGGACAUCUCAGGUGCAGAAAGUCUCACUCUGUCUCCUCACACAGACGAGAGAGAGAUGGAGCGGAUGGAGGAGCUGCCGUUGUGUAGCUGUAGGAUGGAGGCGCCGCGCGUGCACAGACUGACCGCUAACACACAGCCCACCUGCAUGGCCAUCGAGAGCGUAGACGGACAGCUGGUGGGCUGUACCAACCCUAUCGUGAAGGGGGAGACGAUGCGUCCGUCCAGCCGUGUGUCUCUCAUGGUGCUGUGUGAGACGCACCGCUCUCACAUGGUCAAACACCACUGCUGCCCGGGCUGUGGAUACUUCUGUCUCUCUGGGACCUUCCUGGAGUGUUGUCCAGACGUCCGUAUCGCGCAUCGUUUCCACCGCGGCUGCGUGUCCGUGCUGGGCGGCGGGCGGAGCCGGGGCAGCUUGAUCGGCGUCGGCCUGCUUUUCUGCCCCCACUGCGGCGAGGACGCGUCCGAGGCGCAGGAGGUCACCCUUCCUCCGUCGUCCUCGUCUUCGGGGGCCGUCGUCACGGCGACCGCCUCCUCCACCACGCCCAUCCUUCCUUCCGCGCUGACGGCGGCGAACUCUCCGCUCAGCAACGAGAGGCGGACCGGAGAACCAAUCAGUGCGAGGAUGCACUGGCGUGGUGAGUCCAGGAAGGGCGUGGGGUCUCAGGCCACACCCCCCACUGCCUCAGGGGUGGGCGGAGUCGAGGACGUGGUCGCCCCGGGCGAGGGGGGCGUGGACAGCGUCGGCCCCUCCCUCGUCCUCCCCAACGGGAAGCCGGUGUGUCCCGGCGCACUUCCUGCUGGAGACAGCAGGGCGGCACUGCAGAGAGCCAUUCUCAAUCAGGAGUCUGAGAGGAAGAAGAAGUUGCGGUUCCACCCACGUCAGCUCUACCCUGCAGCCAAGCAGGCCGAGGUGCAGAGGGUUCUGCUCAUGCUCAUGGAGGGUAUAGACCCGGCGUAUCAGUCGGACUCUCAGAGUCGGCGCUCUGCUCUUCACGCCGCGGCUCAGCGCGGCCUGCUGGAGAUCUGUUACCUCCUCGUACAGGCAGGUGCUAAAGUGGACGCCCAGGAUAAGAGUCAGAGGACGGCGCUGCUGGAGGCCAUCAGUAACAAUCAGGUGGAGGUGACGAGGUUCCUCAUACAGAGUGGAGCAUGUGUGUACCACGCUGAGGAGGACGGCUCCACUGGUCUCCAUCACGCUGCUAAACUGGGGAACCUGGAGAUCGUCACACUGCUGCUCAACACCGGACAGGUGGACAUCAACGCCCAGGACAGUGGUGGAUGGACUCCUAUAAUCUGGGCAGCUGAACACAAACACACUGAUGUGAUCAGAGCACUGCUGAAUCGAGGAGCGGAUGUCACGAUGAAGGACAAGGAGAUGAACGUGUGUGUACACUGGGCGUCGUUCGCUGGCAGCGCUGAGAUCGCCGAGAUGGUCCUGAACGCCGGGUGUCCCCUGUCCUCUGUCAACCUGCACGGGGACACACCCCUGCACAUCGCCGCCCGCGAGGGACACAUCCACUGCGUCACGCUGUUCCUGUCCCGGGGGGCGGAUAUCGACGUUGUGAAUAAAGAAGGGGACACGCCCCUGUCGCUGGCGCGAGCCGAUUCGCCGGUCUGGGUGGCGCUCCAGAUAAACAGGAAGUUGAGGAGAGGGAUAGCCAAUCGGAUCGUGAGGACGGAGAGGAUCAUCUGCAGUGACGUGGCGCAGGGGUACGAGAACGUCCCGAUCCCGUGUGUUAACGGUGUGGACGAUGAAGAUUGUCCAUCAGACUACAAAUACAUCGCUGAGAACUGUGAGACCUCCGCCAUGAACAUCGACCGCAACAUCACACACCUGCAGCACUGUAACUGUACUGAUGACUGCUCCUCCAGUAACUGUCUGUGUGGACAACUCAGCAUCCGCUGCUGGUACGACAAGGAUCAGCGUCUGCUGCAGGAGUUUAAUAAGAUCGAGCCCCCGCUGAUCUUCGAGUGUAACCUCGCCUGCUCCUGUCACAAGACCUGUAAGAACAGAGUCGUCCAGGCGGGAAUCAAGGUGCGUUUACAGCUGUACCGCACGGAGAAGAUGGGGUGGGGCGUCAGAGCUCUUCAGGACAUUCCUCAGGGGAGCUUCAUCUGCGAGUACGUUGGGGAACUGAUCUCAGAUGCAGAAGCAGAUGUGAGGGAAGACGAUUCGUACCUGUUUGAUCUGGACAACAAGGACGGAGAGGUAUACUGUAUUGAUGCGCGUUACUAUGGUAACAUCAGUCGUUUCAUCAACCACCUGUGUGACCCAAACAUCAUCCCGGUGCGAGUGUUCAUGCUGCAUCAGGACCUGCGCUUCCCCCGGAUAGCCUUCUUCAGCUCCAGAGACAUCCUCACGGGCCAGGAGCUCGGGUUUGAUUACGGAGAUCGUUUCUGGGACAUUAAGAGUAAGUACUUCACGUGUCAGUGCGGCUCGGAGAAGUGUAAACACUCAGCGGAGGCCAUCGCUCUGGAGCACAGCAGACAGGCGCGCCUCGACCCCGGGUUCCCAGACCCGCCCACCGACCCCGGGUUCACCGCACCAGGAACCUCGUGAGCUCCGCCUCUCCGUGUGCAGUAGUGCAUUGUGGGAGCUGACUGCACUGUACAGUGUUAUAGCUUUAAACACGUUUAAACCAGUGGAUUUCCCUCCUUUUGUUUGCUGAUGAUGAUGAUGAUCUUCUUCAUCUUCUCAGUUUGUACAGGACACAUGACCAGCUCUCAGAGCCACUCAGUGAACGGUUCCGUUACAUUAUGCUCCUAAUGCGUCCUCCUCCACCUGUCCCUCACCAAACCUUCUAUAAUCGUCUCAGAUCACUUGGAUAAGGAAGCAGAACUUGUCCAGAGUCCUGAAGUGGGACACACGUUCAUCAGUUUCCUCACACAACACCCAGGUUUGCUUGUCAGUGUUCAGGACGGGGUUUUAUCUUGGUAGAUCAUCACCUGGACGUUUCUGGAGCUCUAUGUCCAGUGGUUUUGGAUUGGCGGCUCUAGAAUCCUUUCUGGAAGACUUUUAGAACUUUUAGAAGACUUUCUACUCCAUGGUAUUUUAAACAACCCAUUUUUAAGGGUUCUUGAGAAGGUUUUGGUUCUACAGCUCCUGUUCAGAGGACAAUCAUUUCUAGCAAACUUCCUGAGCAAGACGUACUCACUCCAUCUGUUCCCGGUGUGGUGGUUCUAGAGCGGGGGUGGACACCAACCCUGGUCCUCGAGAUCUGCAGUAAAACCAUCUUUACUAUGUGUUCUAGCCUGCUGAUCAGGAAGUGCUCCUAAGCCAACAAUCUUGAGAUGUUCUAGAGCGGGCGUGGCAAACUUUGGUCCUCAGAAACCUGCAUCUGGCGUUUUCGGUCCGUCAGAACUGGAAGAUACUAUCAUAGAUAAGGGUGGAGUGGGGGAGGACAAAGUGAAUCGAUAUCUUCUGGCUUCAGACUGAUUGAACACACCUGGUCCAGGUUCCUCAGGGCCGGCCACGCCUGCUUGAGAACAGGUUCUAGAACAGACAGUGAAGACAGACAGAACGGACUCUCAGAACAUCAGCACACCACAGGAGACGUUAUGCACUCAGGUGUUCUGGACUGGAUAUAGCAGACACACACACACACACACACACACACACACACACACCUCUAGGUCAUGACAGUAAAUGGACAAGAGUGCAUUAAAAGCAGUGUUACACACGUUAGUGCUGGAGAGCGCCCUCUGUAGGGUGCACUAGGUAGUGUAUAAUAUUGGAGGACUUGUAGCAUUCCCUUCGUUAGGUUUCUCAGUUUUAUUAUUAUUAUUAUUAUUAUUAUUAUUUUUACUUUAAUUUACUGUAAGAGUGUCAUGACCGUGAUGAAACUGUUUUUGUUACUAAUUAUGUAGUUAAAAUAAAUAUUUGAUACAACAGUAA